AUGGGAGUUGCAGCGGAAGGCGGAAGAGGGAGAGGGGAAAAGGAAGGGAGGAAAGAAGGAGGGAGAAAGAAGGAGGGAGAAAGAAGGAGGGAGAAAGAAGGAGGGAGAAAGAAGGAGGGAGAAAGAAGGAGGGAGAAAGAAGGAGGGAGAAAGAAGGAGGGAGAAAGAAGGAGGGAGAAAGAAGGAGGGAGAAAGAAGGAGGGAGAAAGAAGGAGGGAGAAAGAAGGAGGGAGAAAGAAGGAGGUAGAAAGAAGGAGGGAGAAAGAAGGAGGGAGAAAGAAGGAGGGAGAAAGAAGGAGGGAGAAAGAAGGAGGGAGAAAGAAGGAGGGAGAAAGAAGGAGGGAGAAAGAAGGAGGGAGAAAGAAGGAGGGAGAAAGAAGGAGGGAAAAAGAAGGAGGGAGAAAGAAGGAGGGAGAAAGAAGGAGGGAGAAAGAAGGAGGGAGACAGAAGGAGGGAGACAGAAGGAGGGAUAAAAUAGGUAGUAAGAGGGAAGGAGAAAGAAGGAGGGAGAACAAGGGAGGGAGGUAAAGGGAAGUGACUGAGAAAAGGGGGGAAGAAGCAAAGGAAUUGAAAGCGAGAAAGAAUUAAGGAAAGCGAUGGAAAACGAUGAGGAAGGAGGGAAAGAACCUUUAUUGAAAAAAACAUCGAAUUGAAUAUUUGAAUCUGUUAAGAAAAAUGAAGAUAGAAAAUGCACCUGUA